AUGAUACAUUUUCGAAGAAAACGGGGGAAAACUAUGAAGGUUUGUUACAGUGACAUGGAUACACUUUUGAGGAACUGGAUUAUUAUCAAAGGAAGAAGACAUUGGAAGAUAAUAUAUAAAAAAAAAAUAUAUCAUAUGGUGAGCUUAUUAUUAUUGAGGACAAGUUAA